UUAGUUAGUUGGUCGCUGUUGCUCUGUUGGAAUAAACCGGAUUGUUUUGCUUCUCCAAUUCAGUUAGUCGUUUCAAGGUUGCCGUUUCUCUUGGUGUCCUGACAGCAUCGAUAUUAAACAUGAAGCAUGCUGUUAAAAAGCACGAGGCGACUGCGGAACGGGAAGGUCCGUCGAAGACUCCUGCUAAAAAGUUAACCUGUAAACUGUGUGGCAAAGAGUUCAGCCGUAAAACACAUAUGGCGAGUCACAUGCGCAUACACACCGGAGAGACGCCGUUCGUCUGUGAGUUCUGUGGGACCGGGUUUCGCUGUAAAGCAUGGCUUAAAGUUCACAGGUUCAUCCACACGGGCGAGAAACGAAAAGACGCGAAGAACUACCCCUGUGAUCAGUGCGGGAAGAAGUUUCACUGUUCAACCUCACUGCAGAGUCAUUUAUACAAACACAGAGGAGAAAGGCCGUUCGCCUGCUCUCACUGCGACAAAACCUUCUUCAGUCAAACCAAUCUGAACAGACACCACAAGGACUGCCAUUGUGGGAAGCAGUUCAGCUGUCCCGUGUGUGGAAAUGGAUUUUCACGGCGCACGACGAUGGAGAAACACAUGCGGAUUCACACAGGAGAGAGACCUUACUCCUGUCCACACUGUGGAAAGACUUUCCCCUAUAAAUACAGCUUUGACAUGCAUGUUAAACGACACUCAGCCAAAAGCUAAUAUAUUGAACGAUAUUGCAUGUCACACGAGUUCCUUAUUUACCGUUUUAGACGUUGAAGUGCAUUUGUUUACAUUGUAAUGGAGCAGAAGCUACUUACAAUUGAGGAUUCAGCAAUAAAACGAAGAAGUAAUACUCCCAAAAAUGACUAACUGUUCAAAGGAACUGUAUAGAGGUAAAGUUGGUUUUAUAUUCGCACAUUCAAGUUGUAGUAGUACAACUUUAUUGUCCUUGACAGAAAAUUUGUUUUGGGCAUCGAUGGAAAAGACAAUUGUCUCGCCAUAUUGCUGCAGACAUUCACUAAAACAAGCAAUAAAAACAAUACAAAAUACAACAGUUACAACAUUUAUAAUGCUAAUUAAGAUAGACUCUUAUUAAAUAAACCCACUGAAACAGGUACAAAGGAUUUCUUAUAACGGUUUAACCUACACUUUGGGACUCUAUAUCUUCUACCAGUGGGAAGCAGUUCGUAAUGUGGAAACAAAUAUUAGUUGGAUCGUUUACAAUCCUUUCCACCUGAUUGAAGACACAAUUCUCAAAUAAAACUGGAGGAUUAAAAUAUUCAUCGUGCCCAACAAUUUUCCAUGCUGUCUUCAAGAGAUGCAUCAAUUUAGAUUUACACUGGAUAGAUAGGUUGCCAAACCACACUGUGAUACCUCACCUGACAAUGCUUUCAAGAACUGCUUUAUAAAACAACAUCAUAUGUUUCUUGUUAACUCCAAAAAGAUGCAACCUCAGCAAAAAAUACAAUCUCUGGUGUAAACGAGAACAAACCCACUCAAUGUGUGUUUUCCAUGUGAAAGAACUGUCAAUGUAAAUGCCCAAGUACUUAUAGGUUUCUGACUGAGUAAUAGGAUG